UGGCAGGGGAAGCACUGGGGAACGGUGAACACGUACCGUAAAUCAGACGGCUCGGCCGCUCGAUCACCUCCAUCAGCCACGCCCGUAGACACCACGUGUUCUAACAGGAGAAAUAACCACAAAGAAAAAAAAAUAAAAGAAAAUUAAAUUUUUUUUGGGGGGCAAGGUGAAACGGGCUCCCGAUCCGAGAGCCGCGUUUGAGCUAGAAAUUGGGAGAGAUCUCGAAUCGAAAGGCCAGCUUCGAGCAAGGAGGAGGGGGAGGAGGAGAUGAGGAAGAAGCUCGGCACCCGAUUCCCCGCGCCACGAAUAAAGAAGAUAAUGCAAGCAGAUGAGGACGUCGGCAAGAUUGCAUUGGCUGUGCCUCUUUUAGUUUCAAAAGCUUUGGAGUUAUUUUUGCAAGAUCUUUGCAACAGGACUUAUGCUGUUACUCUACAGAGAGGGGCCAAGACAGUGAAUUCAUUGCAUUUAAAACAAUGCGUGAAGAGCUAUAGUGCUUUUGAUUUCCUAACUGAUGUUGUCAAUAAGGUACCGAACCUUGGAGGCACAGAACCUUGUGGUGAUGAAAAAGGAAUAUCCAGGAGAAGAAAGACCCUGCCUUAUGAUGGCGAUGUGGAGGCCAAUGCGGAGUUGAGGUCCACCAAAGUGGCAACGAGGAGUGGUAACAUUGGUCCAAGAGGACGCGGAAGAGGUAGAGGAAGAGGCAGGGGUCGGCCAAGAACAAGGGAUGUUGGGUGCGUAAAAUUUGAGGAUGACAACGACAUGUUUCCCGAGCAUGGUGACCUGUCGGGGGAAAUCGAGGGUGAAGAGAAAGGCCUAAGUGGGAAGGAAAACAUGGCUCAGAGCGCAGAUCCUUCCUGCAACUCUACAUCAGUCAUGGGUGCAACUUCAACUGCAGAGGCAGAGGCUAAGCAAGAAGGGUGUUCUGCUUGGCCUUUGCCUGAUGUAGUGGGCAACAUUGGCAUAGAACCAUCAAGACUUGUACAUUUAAACAUGCAGAUGGAUGAGGAUGAGGAUUAUGACAAUGAAGAUUAGUGGAUUGCUGGUUGACUUCCUACUGCUGCCAGCAAAGCAGUCGUGUUUUGUAUUUAAUUUCACACUAUGACUGCACAUAUAUUAUGAAAUUUAGCUAUUUUCUGAUGUC